GCCUAGCUAUCUAACGACCACAGAGGCGUGCGUUGCAAAGACGUUCCACGUCACACUACAAGCUGACCUCCUUAUCCUGACCCCCGCGCUGAUCGUGGUGACCGUAGGAAACUCUCAACGUUACCACCCGAAAAGAGAGAACGAGAGCUAAAGAAAGAUUAAAGAAAGAGAGAAUAGAAGAAGAUGGCAGUAAUCUCCAUGCGGAUCACCAUCGUAUCUUGGGUGUUCCUCCUUGUGAUGCCGGCCGUCGUGGUGGGAUCGGACGGCGAGGAUACACCGACCCCAGCGCCGUGGCCGGAGAGGUUCCAUGCGCAGCUGUACAUGAACCUCAGCGACGGACGGCUGCAGAUCUCUGACUUGUGGUACGACUGGCCGGCGGGGAGGAACGUGAACCUGAUGCAGAAGCAGCUGGGGGUUCUGCUGCACGACGUGGAGUGGGACAACGGUACGUCCUUCUACUACACGCUGGGGCCCACCGGGCACUGCCGGACCAUGCUAUUCCCCGUGGGGAUCCCCCGGCGGGACUUCAUGGUGGGCUCCACCUACCUCGGCCCGCGGUACACCGACGGCUUCCUGUGCCACCUCUGGGAGAAGGUCGACUUCAUCUGGUACUACGAGGAUGCCGCCACCCGCCGGCCCGUCCGAUGGGACUUCUACGACGGCAUAUCCACUCACGUGAUGACCUUCGAGGUGGGCGGGGUGCUGGAAGAGUCACAGUGGCAGGCACCCUCCAACUGCUUCACCGACGACAAAGAUAGGGAGGACCCAUCCGAGAAUGACCUCCUACCUCACAGCCUUAGGAAACUCACUUGAGCACCUCGGUGUUAUGCCAUUGUUCCCUGUGGUCAGGUUUUUACUUAAGAUUAAUUAUAAUGAUGGUAAUGAUAAGUAUAUCAACUUAAGAAGUUAAGAGUUAAGAAGACAUGAGAGAUCAUAUGCAUCUUAGUGAAUAUUUCUACAUGAUCAUGUAACUUGAUAUGAUAUGUGUAUUACUUUCUCCCUUUUUUUGUUUUUCUUGUUUUUUUUUUUGAAACAAAGCAGAGUGAAAUUGUUUUCAAGAAACACAAAAUCUAAAGAUCGUGGAUGUGCUAGCAUGCUAGAUUGAUCAAGUUGAUCAGUGAUGAUGCGGAUAAUCAGGCUAAACAGGCUCAGUGUCCUAGUAAAAGGAUUUUAUAGUUCACCAGUGGAUGCAAUAACAUGACAGAACAGUAGAAAUUCACGAAUGCAUGAAGAAAAGAUAAUAGAUACAUUUCAAAGAUAAUUAAGAUAAGAUACACUUAUGGUUCGAGGAGAGAAUGAUCAACUGCUGGAGAAGAAAUAACCUUUGAUGCAAUUCGGGGCAAGGCCCUCAAGGAUCCUCAAUCAUCAAAGUAACUUCAUUGAAAUGUCCAAGUGUUGAGAGAGGCCUAGCAGAAUCCUCCCUUCUUUUCUAUAUCUGGUUGAUAGAACCAUAUGGACUGAUAAACAAAACAUAACAGCUAUUAACUUC